AUGCCUUCAUCUUUCGUCAUUUUGAGGACGACGAGGGAAGAGAGCGAAUACAUUUGCAGACAAGUAGUUACCGUGAAGAAUCAGUGUAAGGUGUGGGCUCUGGUGGAUACCGUAGAGUUUCCUGUAGAUAGUUCUACUCAGAAUGAAGGCAUGGUUAUGUGGGACACGUCAUCCCUUAGUGCGUCAUCGCAUGAUUGCACUCCAGGAUUAGGAGGUGCGGCCGUACAACUCUGUGUGCAGCCACCGGACAAUCAGUGGCCAAUCAGUAGCCUCCGUUUGUUUAACCUUAUCCGCCAUCCUGAUCAUGAUUAA